AUGGGUGGCAUCUGGCAAAUUCAACACCAAGUGGAGGCAAAAGAGCUCAAAUCGAACUUCUUUCAAUUCAUAUUUGGUAGCAAUGAGGAUAAGCUAAAAGUGGAAUUAGGAGUUAAAUGGAUUUUCAAAAAUCAGUAUCUCAUCUUGACCAUCAGGGAAGAAGGGUUAAAUGAAACUCAUAGCAAGUUCAAAGAGCUGAACUUAUGGGUACAAGUCAGUAAUCUUCCUUUAAAUUGGCUUUGCACGAACGUGAGCCUUAAGAUAGGAAAUGUAUUCGAGCAUACUAGAAAUAUCUCAGUUAUAAAGACUGGGGAAGGCGGGGGGCAAAGAGGUAGCUUCCUAAGAAUUCUAGUGGUUGUUGAUGUUUCUGAGCCUCUCCCAAGAUUUGCUAGCAUGAAGCUUAACAAUACUCAAGUCUUGGCUAGGUUCCAAUAUGUAAAACUUUUGAACAUCUGUUUCUAUUGUGAGAUUAUAGACUAUCUCGAAAGAUCCUGCAAAAAGAAAGAGGAAGAUAUGUCUAAUGGUGUGUCAAAUGAGGGACAAUAUGAAGAAUAG